AUGGACACUGAAAGCGAUGCAACAAGUGACGAGCUGCCAACACCACAGCCCACACGAAGCAAGAUACAAGCGAGCUUCCUGAUCGCACGACCACCGCCGAAAUCGUCACUUUGCCUGACACCUAAGCUCUUACUCCAAUUCCAACAACUCACAAGCAACGGCCGGUCCCGCCCAGUCAUGGAACUAUGGCAUCCAUCAAUUCGCAAACCGAAAUUGACGCCUGACUUCCACCAGCGCCCCAAAAUGAGGUCUGGUGACAUCUAUGCAACCUGCGAUGAGCCCUAUAUCAUCAAUUCGCAUAAUGUGCGCAAGCAAGCUGGGAGAUCUCCAAAGCAACGGGAUGAGAAUUGUAUCAGUCCACAUAAGAAAGAUGUCGUGACCGUAAUGUGCCGUUCACGCGAUACGACACAAGUAUCGACGAUAAACUUUCGCAAUGAGCAAUGCACAUGGCAGGCCAGUGCACACCCAGCAGGUCCUGCAAACCACAAACUGCGUUAUCGAUUUACUCUCAAUGAUGAGCACAGCGAUGGAAGGUUUAGUAGCCGAAGUAUGAGCAUGCAAUGGGAGAAACGACAAUCUGAUGGUGGGGAUAACGAGUCGACAGGGGAAUGUGAGUCAGAAUAUUUUGUCCUCUGCUUCAUUGAUCACAAAGCACGGCGGAAAGGUCGCAUUGCUACCAUGACUCAAAGUCGGUUGGAUGUCCGUGUUCGUAAGACCUCUAUCAUAGAGCAUCUUCAGGCGUGUUUGGAUUUGACAAGGUCAACUGUUAGCGACAGCGAAUCUUCUGAGAGGUUGGAAAUCUGGUUAUACACGCACGUUCUUCCAAUGGGGACAUGGGUUGCCGAGGAGGAAGGAUGGCUCAAUCAUCCACGAUAUAAAUGA